AUGUCAGAACCGUUCCCCCUUCUCAACACAUCUGCCGACCAGCUGCACAGCAAUGGCAUCUCUCAGCCUCCCAAGCCCUACCGAAGGCACCCAAGAAGAAGCAGUGCACUAGGCGGUGACAUCCGUGCUGGCGACACUGCCCCAGCCUUGGCUACCAGUCGGCUGAGUCUCAAAGCCGUCGAUGCCAGUGGCACGCCUGCUUCUCCGUCGUUCGCAACGGUAGUCACCACCAAGGAUGGCAAGCGUGUGUCUCGCCGCCGAAAACUCGGCCUCGUCUCCCGUAUCCGCCAUACCAUGGUCAAGCACACCUUCGUCCUCCCCUUGACCAUCAUCGCCCUCUUCGGCCUCGCUUACGCCGUCAACCCCACGCCCUCCAACCCCGUCCACCGCUUCAUCUUCCUCUCCUACGAGCUCCCCGAGUCCUUCAACGACGAGCAUGGGCGUAAACACUACGGAAAGGGCCUCUGGGACAUUGCCUUUGUCGCCUUUUACACCGUGGUUCUGUCGUUUACUCGCGAGUUCGUCAUGCAGGAGAUCAUCCGCCCACUGGGUCGCCGUGCUGGCCUCGGCAAGAACAAGAUUGCCCGUUUCAUGGAGCAGGUCUACACGGCUGUCUACUUCAGCUUCCUCGGCCCUUUUGGCAUGUAUGUCAUGAGCUUCACGCCAGUCUGGUACUUCAACACCCGUGGCAUGUACGAGAGCUAUCCUCACAAGACCCACGAUGCCCAAUUCAAGUUUUACUACCUCUUCCAAGCUGCCUACUGGGCACAGCAGGCCAUUGUUCUCGUCCUCGGCAUGGAGAAGCCCCGCAAGGACUACAAGGAGCUGGUCGGUCACCACAUUACCACCCUGACGCUCAUUGGGCUCAGCUACCGCUUCCAUUUCACCUACAUCGGCAUCGCUGUCUACAUCACCCACGAUAUCAGUGACUGGUUCCUUGCUACCGCCAAGACCCUCAAUUAUCUCGACUCGGCCAUCCUCACCCCCUUCUUCGUCGUCUUCAUGGGCGCCUGGAUCUAUCUCCGCCACUUCAUCAACCUCAAGAUCAUCUGGUCUCUGUUCACCGAGUACCGCACCGUUGGUCCCUUCUUGCUUGACUGGGAAGGUGGACAGUACAAGUGUCUCCUCGGCCAGGUCAUCACCUCUACCUUGCUCAUCUGCCUGCAGGCCCUCAACUUGUUCUGGCUAUUUUACAUCGUCCGCAUUGCCUAUCGCAUGGUUGCACACAAUGUCGCAGAGGACGACCGCUCCGAUGACGAGGAUGAGGAUGAGGAUGAGACGACUGAAGCCAAGCCCAAGACCAAUGGCAACGCUGUCCAGAACGGCACUAAUGGCUCUGCCAAGAACUAA